GGCAACGAUAAAAUGAUAUUCACAUCACUUGUCUUUUGGUCGGGACUCGUGCUCAUUCCGUUUAUUGUUUUAUUGCCAGACUUGAUUGUUAAAGCUGUAAAAAAUACAGUGUGGAAAUCAAUCACUGAGGCUGCUAGAGAGCAAGAGAUUCGAAAGUCCGACCCUGGCAAUCUUUUCCACGCACAAGAUUACAGGAGCUCGUAAGU